UUAUCAAAACUAAACCCUAACCCCUCCCUAUGGAUUAGUGAACCCAUGGGAAAAUAUUUAAAUUCUAUACCUUUCAAAUUCAAAAAAAUAUAUUUUAAAAUCGUUUUUAAUCAUAUUUUGAUGAUUUUUUCGAAAAUAUGGAAAACAACGUUUUUGGAUUUUUGAAAUAUUUUUAUCAAAUUUUAUAAAUCAAAUAAAAAAUAUUAACGUUUCCAUUUUAAUUUUAUGAUUUUUCGUUUGACAUAUAAAAUUAAAAGAACAAAAAGGUCCUUUUGAAAUUGUGUUAUGAAAUAUAGGGACAUGAGAGGAGAUGAUUCCCUUCCUUUCUUCAAUUUGCCACGUCACUAUUUCCUUUUUAAGUCGACUCUUAUCCAUCCUCCAAUAAAUACAAUGCAAACUGGUUAUGUAACGUAACAAACAUCAUAAAUGUGAUGAGAUAAAAUAUCACCAAACGAUGAAUUAUUGAAGCCCCCACUUGUUUUUCAUUUUCGUGUAUUUGAAAGCCAACUACACCAAUAACUACAAGACCAUAUAUCACUAUUAAAUAAAAUUGCCGUCGUCAUCUUAUUAAUUACCCAAUUCGUGUAACUGUUGGAUCCAAUACUAUUGCGUUAUGCUAAUAUGUAGUACUCCAUUGAUUUAUUUGUAGCUAAAUCAGUGUGAACGUGCACUUGUAAUUCAAACAUGAUUUAAAGUCCAAUGAAAAAAGUCAACUGUUACACCAAAAAAAAAAAGGGUUAACUGAUAGCUGAACAGACAGUUUGAUGUCUAGACAGAAUUUAAGAGAGGUCCGAGUGGAAUUAAUUUCAUAGAGACCCAGAGAUUUGUUAUUAUUGCUUAAUAAUAUGGAUAUAGUUUAUCAUGAAAGUGAUACUGGCGGCUUAAAUGACAUACUAUAUACCAAACCUUUUAUACGUUUCUUUUUGGUACAAAUCACCAACUUUUUCAAUCACAAACACCAAUGUCACACCCGUGUCUGCAUUUGCGUCUGAUCUCUGUACUCUUACUCUGCUGUAUCCUCUUCGCUUCACACGUCUUAAUGAUCACUGCUCUUGCUUGUCGUCCCGACCAGAUCCGGGCUCUCAUGCAAUUCAAGAACGAGUUCGAAUCCAACGGUUGCAACCGUAGCGACUAUCUCAACGGUGUCCAGUGCGAUAACUCGACUGGUGCGGUCACGAAGCUACAACUCCCAAGUGGCUGCUUCACUGGAGUUCUCAAAACCAACAGUAGUCUCUUUGGCUUCAAACACCUUCGUUACCUCAACAUCUCUCAUAACAACUUCACGUCCUCUUCACUCCCUUCUGAAUUCAACAGUCUCAAAAGAUUAGAGGUUUUGUCUCUUUCCUCUAAUGGUUUCAUUGGCCAAGUUCCUUCCUCAUUUAGUAACUUAAUCCAUCUCACCCAUUUAAACCUUUCACACAACGAGCUCACUGGUAGUUUCCCACUUGUGAAAAAUCUCACCAAGCUCUCGUUUCUAGACCUUUCUUACAAUCAGUUCUCAGGAACCAUACCUUUUGAUUUACUUCUCACUAUGCCCUUCUUGUCUCACCUUGAUUUGAAAAAGAAUAGUCUCACUGGUACAUUUGAAGUUCCAAACUCUUCUUCUUAUUCUAGGCUAGUGUAUUUGUCCCUCGGCCAAAACCAAUUUGAAGGGAAAAUCCUUGAGCCUAUCUCAAACUUCAUCAACCUCAAACAUCUUGACGUUUCGUCCCUAAACACAAGCUACCCAAUAGACUUAAGCAUCUUCUCUCCUCUCAAAUCUUUGUUGGUGCUUCACCUUUCUAGAAACAGGUUAUUACCAGCCAGUCUAAAUUCUUCAGACAUCCCAUUGAGCUUAGAAAGCUUAGUCAUGCCACGGUGUGACAUUACCGAGUUCCCAAACAUCUUAAAGACACUUCAAAACUUGCAACACCUAGACAUUUCCAGCAACAUGAUCAAAGGAAAAAUCCCUGAAUGGCUUUGGAAGCUUCCUCAUCUCAGCCUAGUGAACCUUGUGAACAAUUCUUUCACCGGCUUCGAAGGCUCUUCAGAUGUUUUACUUAAUUCAUCAGUUCAGUUACUAGAUUUUGCAUAUAACUCCAUGACAGGAGAGUUUCCUCUUCCACCACCUAAUAUCAUCUACUUGUCAGCGUGGAACAAUAGCUUCACAGGGACCAUACCUCUCCAAGUUUGCGACCGAAGCUCUCUCACCGUUCUUGAUCUGUCCUACAACAAACUCACCGGUCCAAUACCUCAAUGUUUGAGUAACUUAAAGAUAGUGAACCUCAGGAAGAACAGCUUGGAAGGAAGUAUACCUGAUGAGUUCUAUAGCGGCGCUUUCACACAAACACUUGACGUUGGCUACAAUCAACUAACCGGGAAGCUUCCAAGAUCGCUUUUAAAUUGCUCAUUUUUGAGGUUUCUAAGCGUUGACAACAACAUGAUCGAAGACACUUUUCCUUUCUGGCUCAAGGAUUUACCAAACUUGCAAGUCUUUACCCUCCGUUCAAACAGAUUCUUUGGCCAUCUCUCUCCUCCUGAUCAAGGUCCACUCUCGUUUCCCGAGCUGCGGAUACUUGAGUUAUCGGAUAAUAACUUUACUGGAAGAUUGUCACAAACUUUCUUUGUUAACUGGAAAGCAUCAGCGAUCAAGGUAGAUGAAGAUGGGCGGAUUUAUAUGGGAGACUACAAGCAUGCUUAUUAUGUCUAUGAAGAUACUAUGGAUUUGCAAUACAAAGGUCUAUUCAUGGAGCAAGGGAAGGUUCUUACUUCAUACAACACCAUUGAUUUCUCUGGAAACAAACUUGAAGGACAGAUUCCUGAAUCUAUUGGUCUUUUGAAGGCAUUGAUUGCGCUCAACUUAUCGAAUAACGCCUUCACAGGCCACAUUCCUCUGUCUUUAGCAAAUGUUACGGAGCUGGAGUCGCUAGACCUAUCAAGAAACCAACUCUCAGGGACUAUUCCUAGGGAACUUGGAAGCCUCUCGUUUUUGGCGUACAUAAGUGUGGCUCAUAACAACCUCAUGGGUGAAAUACCACAAGGACCACAGUUUAGUGGGCAAGCUGAAACAUCAUUUGAAGGGAAUGCAGGUCUGUGUGGUCUUCCUCUCCAAGGAAGUUGCUUUGCGCCACCGACACAACAGCCUGAGGAAGAUGAUGAAGAAGAGGAAGAAGUCUUGAACUGGAAAGCAGUGGUUAUAGGGUAUGGGCCUGGAUUGUUAUCUGGAUUGGUAAUAGCACAUGUUAUUGCUUCAUACAGGCCAAAGUGGUAUCUCAAGAUAGUUGGUCUGGAUAAGCCUAAGGAAGUAAAACCAGUUAGAUUCUUUGCGUCUUUGGAUUCAAGAUGGGACAGUUAUGAUAAUCAUGUAGAACGUGAAAGUGAUACGUAACUAUUGUAUGUUUUCAGAUUAUGUAAGAAAGAGGUCUUAGUUGAGAUCUCUCUUUUGGCUGAUGA